AUGAUCCCGCCCGCGCUCGCCCGCCUCUCGCGGGUAUGGUUUCCCACCAAAAAAAGACCAGCAUCGGGAGUAGAAAAUGGGCAUGCGAAGCUGAUCCGUGCUGGGUUUUUGCGCCCUUCUCACGCCGGUAUCUUCCACAUGCUUCCUCUGGGGAGGCGCGUGCAGACCAAGCUCGAGGAGCUGGUGGCCAGACAUAUGGAGCAUAUGUUGGCUGCCUCGAGGGUCUCGUUGUCGGCUGUAUCAAGCCAGUCUCUCUGGGACAAGAGUGGGAGGCUUGAGAAUACCGCGUCCGAGCUCUUCAAGUUCUCUGACCGUAAAAACGUUGGCUACCUUCUGGCCCCAACACAUGAAGAGGAAAUUACCGCUCUGGUGGCCCAGACGGCCAAGACAGCAAAGGAUCUCCCCCUCAGGCUAUUUCAGAUUACACCCAAGUACCGCGAUGAGUUUCGCCCGCGCCAUGGCCUCCUCCGCGGACGAGAAUUCGUUAUGAAGGACCUCUAUACCUUCGACAGCAGCAAAGAGUCCGCUCUAGAAACCUACGAUAACGUUCGUCUGGUGUAUUCGCAGAUAUUUGAGGAGAUGAAACUCCCAGUGUUAGCAGCCAAGGCCAGCUCAGGUAACAUGGGAGGUAAUCUCAGCCACGAAUACCAUCUUCCCACGCCACUUGGAGAAGACCAUGUUAUCAGUUGUGAUAGCUGUAACUAUGUUGCUAACGAGGAGGUGGCUGAAUCAGUACUUUCUGACCAGGUUGUCAGUGACACGACCUUCCGCGUCUGGCGAGGCAUCACCAAGGACCGAACCAAAUUGGUCAACGUCUGGUACCCCAAGCAAACACAACCCCUUGGUGGGGGUGCGUUGAGAGAGUAUACGGACCUCGACAUAAACAUUGCGGAGGUGAAAUCCAUAAUCCCUGACCUGGAUGCCGGUGUUGAGGAUGCGCUGCCGCUGUGGUCGACGGCGGCAGCUGCGGGUGGGACAGCUGUGGAGCUCGUGAACAUUGUUGACUGCCGGCUUCCGCUGUCCUUCUCUGAGAGCCUGGUGGGAACUAAGCCAACCAUCCCAAGUUGGCCCAAAAAUUUGACGCCACGCAACCAAGUGCCAGUGUCGGUUUCAGUUCAAAACACCAACCAAUGGAACAAAGACAGACCACUCAAUCUCAUUCGGAUCCAGACAGGCGACAAGUGCCCUUCGUGCGCAUCCGGACAUCUAAAGGCAGAGAAGGCAAUGGAGUUAGGACACACAUUUUACCUUGGCACCCGGUACUCAGAAGCCCUGGGAGCUACAAUCUUGGUGCCCAAUGAUGAGAGGAAAGCUGUGCCAAUGCAGAUGGGUUGCUAUGGAAUCGGUAUCUCCCGGAUUCUUGGCGCCGUCGCAGAGCUCCUGAUGGACGAAAAGGGAUUGAAUUGGCCGGUGGCUAUUGCACCCUACUCCUGUGUCAUAGUUAUGGGCGCUGGUGUCGACGAACAGGAUGCAGUGGAGGUGUAUCGCCAGAUCAACCAGAUAGGACGAGUUCAGGCCAAAUAUCUGGAUGUCGUGCUGGACGACAGGCAAAAGACUCUACCCUGGAAGUUGAUGGAUGCCGAUUUAGCUGGUUUCCCCAUCAUAGUCACGCUUGGGAGGGAGUGGCUUGCGGCAAAACGCCUCGAGGUACAAUGUCGACGAUUAGGGGUAAAGCAAGCAGUCGGGAUAACCGAGCUACCACAGAUAAUAGCCAAGUUGCACGGAGACUUGUAG